AACCACAGGUCUCACGAAAGGCGCUAGUAAAAUAUAAAAAUAAGUAGAUUGUGUCACUAUUCACAAAAGUAUUUAUAACAAAAAUUUUUCUAAAGGUGCUAAUUGGACUGAAAAUAGUAACCGGCAAUAGUAUAUAAGAAGUGGAAAAACUUUAUUUGAUGUAAAAUCGAGAAAGACAACUACAACUACAACUAAAGACAUGGUUCUCCUAUUUGCUUUCCUACUUGUUGCAGCAGCUACUGCAGCGGAUCCUCCGGUCGAUUUAGAAGAAAUUGAAUCGUAUUUGGCUCAAUUUGCUGGCUAUAAAAAAUCGGAAAAUACUCUUGUGGCCAGUUGGGAAACAGAAGAAUUUAACGAAGCUGUUAAGAGAUUCCAACGUGAAGUUGGUUUAGAAGAAACAGGCAGACUCAAUGAAGAAACCUUAACUUUAAUGAAAGAAGAUCGUUGUGGUAUUACCGAUGGUGGUGAUGGUGACAAUAGUCAAGAUUAUCAAGUCUGGACAAGCUGGUUUAAAUACUCUCCAAAAAGAACCCUUUCUUAUUGCAUUACAGACUACACAAAAGAUCUUUCACCAAGCACUGCUCGCCGAGUCAUCUCAGAUGCCGUUAGAGCUUGGACCAGAUACGGAAACUUGAAUAUCAGAUAUACAUCAAGCAGGAGCUGUGACUUAAAAAUGAAAUGGGGUGUAAGAAACCACGGUUGCUUCUCUCCCUUCGAUGGUAGAGGAAGAAUCUUGGCUCACGCCUUCUAUCCCACCAAUGGUGACGUGCAUUUCGAUGAUGACGAAUACUGGACAGAUAGAAGCAGAAGCGGAAAGAAUUUGUACUACGUUUCAGUUCACGAACUUGGACAUGCUCUUGGCAUUCGUCACAGUAGAGUUAGAGAUUCAGUCAUGUACCCAAUUUAUCGUAGCUACAAUCCCAACUUUAAAUUGCACAUGGAUGAUAUCAAUGCUAUCCGUAAAUUAUAUCGUAAGUUUUAA